AUGGCGCGUAGACCUGCUCGAUGCUACCGGUAUUGCAAGAACAAGCCUUACCCCAAGUCACGCUUUAACCGAGGUGUCCCUGAUGCCAAGAUCCGUAUCUUCGAUCUGGGGCGGAAGAAGGCUUCUGUGGACGACUUCCCAUGCGCCGUGCACUUAGUGUCCAAUGAAUACGAACAGCUGAGCUCAGAAGCUCUAGAAGCUGCACGUAUCUGUGCCAAUAAAUACCUCGUCAAAGUCGCCGGCAAAGAGACAUUCCACAUGCGCGUCCGAGUUCACCCUUACCAUGUAAUCCGAAUCAACAAGAUGCUGAGUGUGGCUGGUGCGGAUCGUUUACAGACCGGGAUGCGAGGCGCAUUUGGCAAGCCAGCUGGCAAAGUGGCUCGAGUAGACGUGGGCCAGAUUCUGCUCUCCGUGCGAACUGUUGAUCGCCAUCGCGCGACUGCGGUCGAGGCGCUGCGUCGGUCAAUGUACAAGUUCCCCGGUCGACAGAAGGUUAUUGUUAGCAAAAUGUGGGGGUUCACUGCUUUACCACGAGCUGAGUAUUUGCGGUUGAAGGAUGCAGGGCUGUUGAGGGAUGAUGGUGCAUAUGUUCAGUUUUGUCGACGGAGGGGAGAGGUGGUAGAGAACAUGAAGAACUUCCCACAGGCAUAUAGUUUGAGGAGUGUGUUAUAG